AUGUCAACAUCAACCUCAAAACCUGUUGUUGUCAUCUUUGUCAUGUACUGUCUUGUACUACCAUUGACAAUAUUUGCAUUAGAAUGUUAUACGGGUACUGAUAAACAGUGUAUAUUAACGGAUUUCAGUAAAAUUGAAAAUGGUUGUGGUACAACAGAUUCAACAAAGUGUCGUUGUGCACAGUUUAAAUUUGCAUGUACAUCAGAUGAUACAGCUUGUACACAGGCUGAAAAAGAUCGGAAGACAGUUCAAUGGGCCUACAUGAUAACAACAGACGAUGUGUGUAAUGAAAUGAAACAGGUGCCGAGCAUAUAUCAGCAGUUGAAAUGUUGUAAUACAAAUAAAUGUAAUCGUCCAAAAUCAAAGGAAGUGAAAUGUAUAAAUACGUUUGGUGGUGAUGACGCACAACAAAGAAAAUGA